GUUUGGAAAGGAAGCACUACCGUUUGUGCGGAGACGGUUUGUGUUUAAUCCCCUGGAUUAGAAAUUGAGUAUGACAAAGCCUGGAAACUUUGAGCGUCACUGCCUUCUGCCGAGAACUUUUCCUGCAUCUGCUGAAUCUCAGAAACCCCGGCUGAAAAAAGCUCAAGAGUUUCCGAUUUUGGAGAAGCAGAACUGGUUGAUACAUCUCCACUAUAUCCGGAAGGAUUAUGAAGCAUGCAAGGCUGUUAUCAAGGAGCAGCUUCAGGAGACUCAGGGCUUAUGUGAAUAUGCUAUCUAUGUCCAAGCAUUAAUACUUCGCCUGGAAGGAAAUAUCCAAGAAUCCCUAGAACUCUUUCAGACGUGUGCUGUUCUCAGCCCUCAGUGUGCUGAUAACCUCAAGCAGGUGGCCAGAUCUUUAUUUCUUUUGGGAAAACAUAAAGCUGCCAUUGAAGUAUAUAAUGAAGCAGCUAAACUUAACCAGAAAGAUUGGGAGAUCUGUCACAACGUGGGAGUGUGCUACAUUUAUCUGAAACAGUUCAGUAAGGCACAAGACCAGCUGCACAAUGCCCUCCAUCUUAACAGGCAUGAUUUGACUUACAUAAUGCUGGGGAAGAUCCACUUGCUGGAGGGAGACUUGGACAAGGCCAUUGAAAUCUACAAGAAAGCAGUGGAGUUCUCGCCAGAGAAUACGGAACUUCUUACAACUUUAGGACUACUCUACUUACAGCUCGGUAUUUACCAGAAGGCAUUUGAACACCUUGGAAAUGCACUGACUUAUGACCCUACCAACUACAAGGCCAUCUUGGCAGCAGGCAGCAUGAUGCAGACCCACGGGGACUUUGAUGUUGCCCUCACCAAAUACAGAGUUGUAGCUUGUGCCGUUCCAGAAAGUCCUCCGCUCUGGAAUAACAUUGGAAUGUGUUUCUUCGGCAAGAAGAAAUACGUGGCAGCUAUCAGCUGCCUGAAGCGAGCCAACUACUUGGCUCCCUUCGAUUGGAAGAUUCUGUAUAACUUGGGCCUUGUCCACCUGACCAUGCAGCAAUAUGCGUCGGCUUUCCAUUUCCUCAGCGCAGCCAUCAACCUCCAGCCAAAGAUGGGGGAGCUCUACAUGCUCUUGGCUGGGCGACCUCUGGCAGCUUUGUGGCAAGUGGAUGGAGGCAGAUGGGGACCUUGCUGUGGGGAUAAAAUGGCAAGCCUGAAACAACUCGCACCUGAACAAGGGCGGUGUCCGAAAAGAAAGCGCAAAAAACAGGAUUCUCGAGACGUGGCCACUGGCUGCCUGCAAGGAGGGGCCGUCCGAGCCGAUGAGGACACUGGGGCGUCCAGGCUGCGCGACUGCAGGCCGUGGCUCGUGGCCCUGACCAAUCUGGAAGAUCCAGAGAACGCCAAGAGAGCCUACGCAGAAGCCGCCCGCCUGGACAAGUGUCAGCCUUUAGUGAACCUCAACUAUGCAGUGCUGUUGUACAAGCAGGGUGAGAAGGAAGGCGCCCUGGCCCAGUACCAGGAGAUGGAGAGGAGCGUCCGCCUGCUCAGGGACAGUGGCUCGCUGGAAUUUGACUCUGAGAUGGUAGAGAUGGCUCAGAAACUGGGAGCUGCCCUCCAGGUCGGGGAUGCACUGGUCUGGACGAAACCAGUUAAAGAUGCCAAGUCAAAGCACCGGACCACUUCAACAGGCAAAGCUGCCGGUGUCCAGCAGCCUCUGGGCUCUAAUCAAGCUCUGGGACAGGCGAUGUCUUCAGCAGCUGCACACAGAAAGCUCCCCCCAGGUGCUGGAGGGACAUCCCAGCUCACAAGGCCACCGUCUCUGCCUCUGGAACCAGAGCCCGCUGUGGAAGCACACCCAGCUGAAGCAUCAGCACCAAGGAGAGAAAAACGGGAGGAGGAUGACCCCGGAGUAGGGGUUUCUUCGGUAAGGAUGUAGCAGGUUAGGAAAGGUCAUGUAACACAGGCAGCAAGGUGGCCAGUGUGUCCCCUGGACACCAGGGGACGCGGAAGUGUUAUGAUGAUCGCAAGGAGCCUGCAACCGACUCGGCCUCCCGUUAGCCCCGUCAGCCUGGAGAUAGGAGAGGGCCCAGACAGGUCCUUUAAGAAUUAAGUGCAAGGCUCAUGGCUCUGUGUUUGUAGCUCCAAGAGCCAGCAAGGCACAUGAUGCUGUUUGCUUUUGAAAUGACUUCGACCUCCUGGAUGACUGACCCCUUCCUUUGUGGAAGGAAAGUCUGAGGCUGACCUCUGCUCAGGAGCCCUGUUACGGUGAAGCCUUGGCUUAGCUGAGGUGAUCCUCAGGCUGUGGGGCUUGGCAGCCCUGAAGGCAAACACAGAUCUUGGAUUAGUAAUCCAGCUCUAACAGCCUAAAUUUAAGGGGAAAAAUGAUGAAAAAAACCUAUAUAAAUCGAGGCCCAGCCUGUUGGAUAUUCCAGCUGCACCUGUCCAAGGGAAUCCCAAACAAGUCCCUCUGUUCUUGAGAGACGUCAGAGCGUAUGCAGAGCCAGAUCAUGUUAGCAACGAUGAGAAGUAGGAGUGAAGGGCUGGGCUAGUAUCAGCACCAAGAAUGAAAAGGAAAAAAAGAGCUUCUUAAUUUUUACUUAAUCAGUGAUACCCCUGGCCAGAUGCUAUCAGUACAUCAUCUAUAUGUCCUUUUUAGAAUAAAGAUUAUGUAUCAUCAUCCCUUUGGGGAAAGUUGUUAAGUGUAAAAAGAAGAGAUCACAAUAAAACCUUUUUAAAAGAA